AUGUUGAUGUUAGUUGAUGCCAAAGAAAAGAUGGAUGCGCUUGGGGGUUAUGGUUCGGAAUCGUCUUCUUCUGCAAAUGAGAAAAAGGCAUCAAACCAAAAGUCCUCUUUGAUAGGUCUGCUUGGCAGUCCACUCUCCGGAACUGACGAUGAUGAUCAGCAAGUCGAAGCUCCACGAAAUCCGCAAAAGAGACAAAAAUUGCAAGGCGUUGGCCGAAAUGAAACUUUUGCACGAUCAAUUCCCUCACCACGAACUACCUCCGCAUAUGGAACAUCAAUUGCACAAUUGGAUGAGGACUACCUUUCUCCAAUGUUGAAGUUACUUCAUUAUGAUGAAACCUCAAAAGCAAAUAUGUCAUGCUUCAGGUUAUCUAUGGCUCAGAAGCUGAGAUCUGCAAAUGAAUCAAUGUCAUGUCAAACGUUAGCCCAGAAUGUCCGAUCACAAUCAGAUUACCACAAUCCUCGUUUCUUGGAAAUCGUCCGGGAUCGAUUCCGCAUAGAGAGGUCAUUGCAAUCUAGAGCAAAACAUGUUUCCAGUGAUCUAAAGCAGUACGAAAAGCAGCUAUUCCAGAUAGGGCAUGUGGAUGGUUUAGAGCAAAUCAGAUAA